AUGUCGAAAGGGAGCAAUAAUGAUCCGGUGCCGACGAGUACCGAACAAAUGAAAGAAAUAAUUGCCGAAGAAGUAGGAAAGGCAAUUGAAGGAAGUCUAUCCGGGUUUAUAGACAAGAUUCAAAGCACGGUGUUGUCGCUUGUUGAAGAGCGAGUUAAAAGGUUGGAGGAUACUGUCAACCUUAUGAAAGACAAAACUGGAGAACGUAAAGGGUGCUCAUGUAAGGAAUUCAUGGCGUGUAAACCACCAAUCUAUAACGGGAAAGUCGACCCGAUAAUUUGCCAAAGAUGGUUGAGUGACGUCGAAGGAGUGUUUGAACGAACCCACUGUGACGUAGGUGACUUUGUUGCUUACGGAACCGGCCAAUUGAGAAAUCAAGCCAAGGAUUGGUGGGACAAUAAGAAGAAGGAGAUCGGAGCCGAAGCGGCAAGGGUUAUGACUUGGGAUGAGUUUAAGGUGCCGUUCCUUAAACACCAUAGCCCCAAGGCAGUUAUCAAUAGGAUCAAGGAGGAAUUUAUCCAGUUAAGACAAAGGGGAGAAUCGAUUGAUAAGAUCACGAACAUUUUCAUGGAUAAGCUGAGGUUUUGUGACGAGGAAAUCGAGUUGAAGAAGCAAGUCAAAAGAGGUGAACGAAGGGCACAUGAUGUGAAUCCAAGCCCGACAAAGAAAGCCCGAACUGGAGAAUCGGGAAAGAAGGUGGAUACUAACGGUGGGUCGCCAAGUUGUAAAGUGUGCGGGAAGGGACACAAAGGGGAGUGUCGGUUCAGCGACAAGCCAUGCCCCAUAUGCAAUAAGACGGGGCACACGGCCUCGCUAUGCCCGGGAAAAGUCUUUGUUUGCUACAAAUGUUAUCAACCCGGCCACAAAAAGUCCGAAUGUCCGGACUUAGUUGGAAAGAGAGAUGUUAAAGAAUCCCCAGCAGAAGCUCCCAAAGCGAAGGCUAGGUCCUUCCAACUCACCGCGGCUGAAGCAAAGACAGAACCCGAUGUGGUUUCAGGUAUUUUCCGAAAUAUCAUCUGA